AUGUCAACGUCACACCCAACACCUCGGGCAACACUUCUCUCUACCACCUUUUGGGAAAUCCUUCCCUCACACUACGACAAGAUCAUAAACCGCUGGUCAAAAAUCGCACACCUACAUCACGAAGCAAAGUCUGACAUCCUCGCUACCGACCGCGCGGGUGCCAUGGCCUCUAUUAAAGCCGAACUGGAGAUGCUGGAGCAGGAUGUGGAGCAAUAUCGAAGCCUCGUGAACAGCAUCGAUAUCACGGAUAUCGCAGGCACUUAUGUUGUGGGUGGGAAGUUACCGCAUCGCGCAUUGGAAAUCGCCAAGGAAGACAAGCAGGAUUUAGAAGAGAGUUUGGAGAUGAUCGAGGAAAAGGUGAAAGAGGUCAGGGCAGAUGUGAGGUAUGGGUUCGAAGAGGAAGAGUCAGCAAGAAAAGAUAUGCGAAACAUGUUCAAAACCACAGUGGCAAAAGUCAGCACAAUGAGCGACGCCCAUAACCCUCAAGACCGCCAACUGAGAGACCUGACAUCCAUAUUAAUGGACCUCGAGGAUCGAGCCGACCGCGUAUUGACAAGUCUUUACUUGCUCAAGCAGUUAGACGAAGAAUUUGCAGCCAUCGAGUCAGUCACAAAGCAGCAAGACUGUGUUGAUCUUAUCCGCUCACACACCGAGAAAAUGGAGGCAAACCUGGAGGUCAUGGAGCGGAAAAGCGAGUUGCUAGACGAUGAACGGAUCUGUGACUGGAUCAACAACAGCAGAGGUGACACAGAAAAGGAGAACAGGAACGAGUUUCUCAAUCGAUUAAUCAAGAAGAUGGACGGUUUGCAGAAACAGAUGGCGGAAGGGAGGAGGAGUUAUGUCGGAUAG